AUGACCAAGACCCCUUCCUCCCACCACUACGCGUCUACCGACGACACGAUUAUCUUCGACCCGAGGUUCUUCGAUCCAACCCACGGCUAUUCCAUUCCUACACCAUCGACGUCUCAAGCCGAGGCACCUCCGAAGGCUCCAGCAAAGCCAAAGUCUCCUCGUCAACCAAAAUCCAAGCGCGAGAAGCUCGGCGCCAUCUUGAAAAAGAAAUGUCCUCAAAACAUUCUUGGGAGACUGCUUAUGGUUAUCAAGAAAAGCCCCAGUGCUUCGAAGGGCAACCAUUGCAAGCAUAUCUUACUCCUCCAGGUGACCUAUGAAUCGCCAUACUGCGCCCUUCUGACGACCGAACUCCAAGAUGUUUUCGCACGCGCGCCAAACGCCAUCAUGCACACCGAGCCGGAAAACAAGCUUACGUGGUGCGAGGUUUGCGGAAAUGCGCUGCAUGGGGUUUGUUUUGCUCAAUGUAAGCUGUGUACUAUCUCUCCUAUCCUUUGUUCCUUGUGCUCAUACCCUUCAAAGGGGAAGAAGGUUACGUGUGUCUGGUGUCGGGCGGAGUGGGUUCUGCGGGAUGCGGGAAAGGGUAAGGGUAAGGCUAUCGGAGACGAGGGGUAUGUCAACUUGGCGGCGGUAGCGGGGGUUAGUACGCAGAGGGAUACUUCGUCCUAUUACCAUGGAGUGAGGAGAGGGAGCAAAUAUUAUGGAUAUCAGAAGUAUAGGAUGCGGUGA